CAAAAAUUCAGAAUUCCUUUGAUGAGCUCGGAUCUUUCGCCUGCCACGGCGUACGCGGUCGGCGCCACCGUGGAGGUGGAGGGUCCGCCGAAGCGGCCGAAUCAGACCGAGCGUUUGCUCUGCAGCUUGCGUGUCCGGGGCGACUUGUCCCCUCUUCUCUUCGUCGGGUCGUCGGAUGGAACAUUGCGCAGGUACGUAUCUGACGGACGCGCGGGCGUCCUGCGUUGGCAGACGGACUACAAGCGGUUGUUCCACCCAUGCUGUGUCUUCCUGGACCGCUGGGGAGUCUUCGUCACGUUGGCUGACAACCGCUUGAAGCUCGUGGACCUGCCGCUACAAAGCGAUCCGCAGUUGCUUGACCGAGACGAUACCAAGGGUGCCGUGCUCUUUGCCGCCCAUGAAGAGGUCAAGACGUUGUGCGUACUGCUUAAAACCAACGCUCUGAAGGUAUUUGACUGGACCGUAAAUCGAAUAUUGGAUCCACGCGCGCAUCACGAACUGCCGCUGUCUCUGGUGCCGGUGCAGCAGCUUGUGGUGCUCAGUGAGAGUCACGUGUUCGUCCAGGGCAAAAAACAAUGGGCCGUGCUCAAUCUGGACAGUGGUCGGACGUUGAAUGUCGGUACAGACGCGAUGGAACAGGUUAAUAAGGCUCUGGAAGGAUCCGUCUGCGUGUGUGACGCAUUGGCACUACCCAGUCGCUUCUUAGCACGCCGACGGCAACACGUGAUGGACUUGCUACUGUGUGGCAAACACCACGCAGUGAUCUUAACAAUCGAUGAAGAGAACAACGCGGAGGACGAUGAUGAGGACGUGUAUGGAGCUUUUGAAGACAGAAAACUGGACGCCACUGCGGGAAAAGCGCUCGAUAUGUCGACUAGCCAAUUGUGCGUCAAAGUGGAGAGGAAAAUGGCCUACAACGCGUCCCCACGUGGCGCUUAUUACCAUCAUCCAUUCCUCCUACUAGACCAAACGGAACAGAUAUCAGUGUACAACUUUGGGUCGCUGCAAAUGGUACAGACUAUCCCAGUCAAAGCUCCUUACGGCGUCUGUGCUGCUAUCAACGUGGCGUCGGCUAAUGUGGGAGAUUCUUACUCGAACACCUCGCAGUUUAGGGAUGAUCGGCCUGCGACUUUGUUCACUGUAUCGCCGCUGUUUAACGUUCAGACGCAUCAAAUGCUACCGGUUGCACAGCAAGUCGCUGCGUCGAUGGGGAAUCGCCGUCUAGAAGAUGCGGUGGCGCUCUGCAAGCUUUGUCCAGAGGAGAGUCCGCUGAGUGACGCUGACCAACGGAAACUGUAUGCUGACUAUGGCUUUGACCUGUUCCGAUCUGGUAGCAGACUAGGAGCCAUGAACUACUUUUUCGAGAGUGAAAUCGACGUGAUGGAAGUACUGCUGUUAUUCCCCCGCAAUCUCCUGCCUCGAAAGGCCAGCGCAUUACGCAAGGACAGCAACAAUAACAAGAACAUGACAUUGGAAGGUGACGAGUUAGUGGAGAGCCUGCUCGCUCUCAUUGGGUUCCUGCGUCGUAAGCGAACUGCUUAUUUGCUUCGCGAAGAGGAAUCAUCUUCUAUCGGGAUUUACAUGCAGCAAGGUCUUGGUCCUAGUGAUGAGAGUGCGUUGGAACUGAUUGACACCAUGCUGGUCAAGUGUCUCGUCGUGGUGGCUGAAAAAGCAGAGUACGAGGAGAGAGCGAAGCGUGCACUGCUAGAUGUGGUCACUGGCCAGAAUUGGUGCGAGAUCGGCGAGGCGGAGAUUUUUCUGCGAGCUCACCGACGUUUCAAGGCUCUUCUGGCAUUUUACUCUGCGCGAAAGUUGCACCGUAAGGCCCUUGAGCUCUUGGAGGAUCUGGAACGUAGUGCAGCGUCGGCUGCUGAACAAAGCGAAGACACAGGAGACCUGCAGUCAUCGCACAACUACAUGGUUCUUAUUGCACAGUAUCUUCGAGUGCUGGGCAGGAAGCAUGCUGAACUGGUAUUUGAAUUCUCGCGACGGGUCUUGUCUGUAAAUCCUGCUUUGGGUCUCACGAUCUUUACACAGCGUGAAGUUCUUGACUCCAAGAAGGACAUCGACCCUGGUGCAGUACUUCAGCAUUUAAAGAGUUGCUCUAUUGCCUCCAGCCCAGAUGUAACGCAACUGGGAAGCGAAGGUGUUGAAGAAAACACAUCGAAGUCGAUGUUGCCAUUGACCAGCAGCCAAAUGCUGGCGGUCGAGUAUCUUACACAGGUUAUUUAUGCAGGAACGUGCCAAUUAACGCCGCGGUUGCAUGACGAAGUGGUGUAUCUGCUGCUCGAUUCGAUCCAAACACAGAACCAACGUCUUACGAGUCGUGUUGGAUCCCAACGUGGCAUGGCGGGGCUUUUUCGUCGCAAACUGCUCGAAUUCCUUGAGUUUCCCGGCGCUGUCUUCCAUCCUGAGCGUAUGCUGAGUCGUACUCCAACUGAAAUGGUGGACGAACACGCUGCGCUACUAUCGAAGCUCGGACGUCACCUAGAAGUACUUCAGUUGUACGCUCUGGAGUUGAAGGACGCUGCUCUAGCCGAGGCGUAUUGUAACCGCUGCUACGAGUCCAAGGCAGCCGAUUCUUCUAUCUACUCAACACUGCUGAAGAUUUAUUUACGCCCGGCGUCAGCGGCCGUUGGCUCACCACCGAAACCUUACCGGUCUUCCAGCUCUGGUUUGCAAAGUGAGGCAGUGAACGCAGCAAUCAACGUGUUGAACAAGUAUGCGGAGCGUAUCGACGUGUCCACUGCUCUAGAGCUCUUACCAGCUGAUGUUCCCACGGCACCAUUGGCUGGCUUCUUCCGUCGUGUUAUUGAGCGCCAGGUCGAGCGUUUCCGCAACGGACAAGUGAAGAAACAACUAUCAAAGAUGGAGAACUUUAAAGUUCGAGAGCAGCUCUCUACGAAGCGCAAAGGCUCAGUCACAGUGUGGUCGUCUCAGAGCUGUCAAUCCUGUGGCAAGAAGCUUGGCGUCGGCACGUUUGUGCGUUUACCCUCUGGAACGCUGUUGCAUUACUCCUGCCAACCCGUCCCGUAACUCCAAGAUUUUUUUUUUACACUGGAGACAGAUCGUAUCCUUUGAGCGUCACAGGCUUUUUCCACGAGGACUGGCCGGUAAGUUUAUCAAAAUAAUAGUACUGUUGUGAGUUGGGGUCAAAAACUUUCUGGAUGCGGUCUUGUAGAAGACGAUGAAGCUCAAGACGUGCGACGGCACAGCGCAAGAACGUGAACAGGACCUGUUUGGCUUCAUGAGGCGCUGUGACUGUAUGUGAGCGUCGCCUUCUGAUGAUUUUAGUUUCUUUGAUGUCACGACCGUCGCCUACGAGGAGAGCGGGCUUUUCCCACUUUGCGAUACCAGUCUUGCGGUUGUAGUAGUAGAAAUGCUCAGUGGUGGGGUCGUAAAUCUUCUCGUACGCGUCGAACAGCAAUUCACGCAGCUCGUCUUUGGCGCGACGGGUUCUCCACACUCGUUGCAAACGUGAAGCAGCUUCGUCGCGUGACAUUUGCCGUAAGCGCUGUAGUCUUCGCUUAUGUCGCUUGAGACGAGCUCGCUCACUGAUGCGUGGCAACUUGCUGACAGCGUACAAGGUUGACGAUUGAGGAGCCACAAGCGUGCUUUCUCUUCUUCCAGAGGGAGAUACAGUCGAGUCAUUGAAGAGAUCGAGAUCAUAGUCGCCAAACACUGCAGGUUUGAACCAGGUUGCUGUGCCGGAUACACUGUCGUAGUAGUAUGGUUGACCCGACACCGGAUCCAGCAUUUUACGAUAUCGACGAGUAAUUAUCUCGAGUAGCUUCUUCCGCGUUGCGAAUCGUCGAUACAGCGCUUGAAUCGUGCGUGCAGCAGCCUCCUCGUUGUGGAAUUUCUCCGGUCUCAACGCGACUGCGACUCGUCGUCGUCCGUGAGUUGGUUCUAGGUGACGUCCAACCUUUGGGCCAAGAUCAUCGUCAGCAUCAUUAAGCAGAAGUCGGGGUUUCUCCCACGACGAUUCCUUGGUGGCGGCGUUGUAGUAAUAGUACCUCCCCGUCGUGGCAUCCCAGAGUUUCUUGAUACGUGAGCGCAGUAUACGACGCAUAAACUCACGACCUCGAUGACAUCGGUACGCACGCUGUACGAUCCGCGCAGCUUCGUCACGAGUCAUGUUAGCGAACCUGGCUAGCCGCUGGAUCUCUAUAGGAUCGCCCAGAUCGUAGCGUUUGCGGAGCAGUGCCGGGGGAUCCCACAACUUGGACAGAGGCUCCUUCUUGCUUACCAGUUUUCGCACAUGAUACACACGUUCUUUCUCCAAAUCGAAGUGCUUCUCGUAUCGAUCCCGCAGCAAGUUCAAGGUCAAACGACGAGCUUGAAGACCUCGCCAAGCAGCUUGUAACUUAAUAGCUGCCUCGAGAGGUGUAAGUGGAGGUGGUAUCCGCGGUGAAGCAUCCGGAUCACGGAUAGGAACUUCAAACUCUUCACUGAUUUCAGUUGGUCGAGUCCAUGACUUCUUGCCUUGCCAUAGGUUGUAAUAGAAGAACUCGUUGUGUGGUAUACUGAAGAUUCUCUGGUAUCUCUGUUCACGAGCACGUUGCAGUACACGUCGAGCUCGUCGCGCACGAAAGAGACACUGAAGCUUGCGUACAGCUUCGUAUUCUCCCAUACGAACUCCAAGCUUUCUCCCGCCGUGGAGUUGACGUUCAUGUGCACAAUUACGACACAUCCACAAACGCAGUGGAGACGGUUGAAAACCAUCGCAACGCCAACAUAGUCGACACAAAGGGUGAACAAUUGCCUCGAUAUCAAUGUCGUCAAUGCGUUUGGCUUCACGAAGUUCUUCCUCUUCUCGCGCGCGCCGGUCAGCGAAUGGCUCAAGACGCACAGCAGGCGGGAGUUCGCUGGAUGAUUUCACGACUUUGGUACCUUUGCUAAACGGAGGCAACGGGUUGGAUGCGCACAGCGGUAAUGUCGGAACUCUCGACAGAUCCAGGCGCGGAAUGAUGACAGGUUUAUCGCGCCAAAGACGCGGCACUUCAGGCCACUCGUAGCUGGCAGAGUCUCGAGAAACCGUGUUGAAUACCGUGAAAGUGCGCCCACAAGCGAGUGAGGCAACGCGUCCAAAGCGCUCGCCACCAGAUAAGCGCAAUUCGGUCGGGACGCCAUUAAAUGCACGCGUGCUACCCCAGGUGAAGAUCCGGUUAUCAACUGUUAACGCAGCCGUGUGGUGUGUCCCGCAUGCGAUAUGUGUAGCGAGCACUUCAUCGUUGAGUUCUCGCGGUGGUAAACGCACGGGCUGCGGUUCGUAAGUGACUUGAGCUUUCCCAACGCCAAGUUGGCCAUAUACACCUGUACCCCACGUAAACACUCGACCAGCGCCGCUGCCGACAUGGGAAGGUUCUGCUGCGAUACACGCACUAUGCCACGCUCCACAAGCAAUGGAAAGAGUGACAAGGUUUGCGAGCAUUCCAUUCACUAGAGCAGGUUCGUUGACGUCGCUACUUCGCUUGAUAUGUCGCCCUAGGCCCAAUCGUCCCCCAUCACUACAUCCCCAGGAGAACACCUUGCCGUCUGAAGUUAAAGCCAACGAGUGCAGCACCCCACAAGCCACCUGGCGAACGGAAACGGAGCGAAGUGCUGGUACCUGGUGCAUCACGGCUGGACGAGGAAACGUGGUUGGUGAAGGCUUGGCUGGUCCCUCAGCCGGUUUACUGGAGCUUGAUGGGAUAAUUCCGAGCUGGCCGUGCGAAUUGCUGCCCCAGCAGAAAACUACUCCAUCGUGGCCUGCAACGUGGUCACAAACAGCAAUACUAUGGUGUCCUCCUACAGCAGCAGCUACAGCCAGGUAGUUAGAGAGUGUGCCGACCACCGUCGCACGGUUUCGAGCUACCUGCGCUGCGCUCUCGGCUGGAAAACCUAACGCUCCGUGUGCAUUUUCGCCCCAGCUGAACAGUUCGCCAGCCUUGGCCAGUGCCAUUGCAUGGCCUCGUGCUACAUACACACGUUCCACAUGCUCACUUCGUAGCGUAUGUAAGAAGACCGGUGUGGCCAGCCAGUGACUUUCCCUCGGUCCAGGCAGCACCUCGAGCCUCAUCUAGCGCGUACACCGCAUCCGAUUCAGCGCCCUACCAGCACCUCGUUUGUCAGGAUUAGAGUAUCAUUGAGAGUAAAGCUGAUGUUGGCGUACCGCUGCGAUGCUCGUGAUGUGAUGACCUCGCAAUGGACGGAUGUCAACGAGAUCCGCGCCAGGAUGCGCCUCACUAAAGUAGACGCUUCCUUGAGCUUUGCGACGGUUCUCGAGCGCUCGAGCAGCAGCCUGCGUGGCCAUAUCGCUGCCCAACACGUGCAAGUCCACCCAGCGCUGUAUCCGACAUAUCAGCAGCACUUUCUUACCUGUAGACGGUAAAUUGAGCGUCAAUGCUAGAAGCCUCAGUUCCUCGCGCGACAUUCUCCUCAAAUCCACAUUACGCCAAUGCUGGCGACUUCGAGCAUGGCCAAACGCUUGCAAUGAUGAGAACGUGAAGCGCACGUUGUGUCGAGAACGUUGGAAGGCCUGACGUAGCAAGUGCGACCUGUAUGCGCGUUGAAUCAUAACAACAGCUUUCUGCUUUCGACGCUUCGAUCGACCAGGUUUCCAUCCAGACUCGAGCUUGCGCUUUGCCGCUUUAAUCUUCUUCUUGUACUCGGCUCGAGCCCUCUGUGUCAUGUUCGGUUCCAUCAUACUGCAAGACGACGGGCACGGACGAGUGUCCUGAAGCAACAGACGCGUCGUUUCAUCGAUACAAAGUGGUCUGAAUUGGACGUACCGGCAGCCGGGCUUAUAGCUAGCAGUUCUAGUUCUUUCUUGAUCUUUUUCUCGAGCGGAAUGUCCGAAGUUCCGCUUAGAAAACGCCAACGAUCCAGCGCUGGUACUUGUCGUACCAGCGUGUACGCCAGUUGUCCAGAGACGCGUCGAUAAGCUCGUGCACGAAGUCCUCGCAAGAGUUAAUGUCCAAAUCUGGCUGGAACCGAGCGGCAAGACGUUAGACUGUGCCCUUGGGGUCUCCAGCAAAACACGGUAAGUGUUCGUUACCGUGCAACAUCAUCUCCACGAGUAACACGAAUCGGUGGCGAUACUUCCGAGCCACAAGGAACGACCGCACACAAAGAGAUCGGAACCGUCGGAAGUGCGCAGAACGAGGACCGCCCAUGAGCUCCACAAAAUCGGCCGUGAGCUUGAAUGGUGCCUGCUCGAAGGCCAUGUUGCCCGGGUUGUUGGACAGGAUAAAGCCGAAGUCGAUAUGGAUAAUGUGGCCCUCAGCAUCCAGCAGAAUGUUGCCGUUGUGGCGGUCCUUAAUCUGAAGAAGAUAACACACGAUCGCGUACCCAGCCAUGCUGCUUACGAAGUUGGCUCGGGCCUUACGGAACUCGGGCGUGCUCGGAUCACCGAAAUGUCUGGUAAAAAAGUCCAAUAGCGUCGUGAACUCACGGUCGUUGCGCUUCAACGAAUCGAUAGAGAUCGUGUCCGAGAUAGCCUCCACGAGUCCGGAGGUGGCGGAGAUGGCGAUCACAUCGUACGGCCGGAUGAAGACGGGUACUUUAAAUUCUUCAAACACCUUGGCAAACUGAUGAAUCAAUUGCAAAGCCAACUGUUCCUGACGGAGAUCAUCGUCGCUUUUAACGAUCACAGGCAGCAAUCUCCAGCCCGGUAGUUUUCCGUACGGAGAUGUCGCUUGAAUUCGGCGUUCCUUGUCGGCCCAACGCUCCUUAAAUAUGACGCAGGGUGGCUCGCCAGAUUGGUUACGGGAUUCCAAAGAGGGAUCACUGGUCUCAGCUUCUUCCUCCUCGAGCUUCGAGUCACGCUCCGACAAGUCCUGCAAGAACCGAUCAGUACUGUCAAAUCGCGCAAGGUGAUGCGGAGAACUCGCUGAAGUCUCGGACUGAGGCGACAUCACCGUAUCCGACUUGGGUGACCACGGGCCGCUCGCACUGCUAGCAGAAUCAAUGUCAUCGACGUCUGUCGUGACCGGUACGAUGGACGCAGGGACCGUCUGGGCCGAAAGCGUAGGUCGAAGCCCCGAUGCACUUGUGUCGACUGUCAAGCCUCGCUUAGGGAACGCUCCACUCUUAAAAAAAGGCUGGCUCUGACUUCUUUCUGGCAACUCACGGAAUCGCUUGGGUGUGUCCUCACCACAUUCGUCGUCACCCUUACUCAGUAAAGCCACACUCUUGGGGUCGAGAUUCUUCCCGCCUGGAGUUUUACCGACCAGCGAGUCAAUCAGGCCGUGCAGCAGCUCUGUCGGCUGCACCAUUUUAUUCGAGAUGUGGUGUGAGAAUGAGCGAAGUCUUGUUGGGCUGCUAGGCGUGCGUGAUUCACUCCAGAACCCCAGUUUGGCAGCAUCAGGGGACAUCAAUGGUGUGCGCUCAGCAGGUGUGGAUGCUGUUGUCAGGUCUUGAGUACUAGCAGAAUCCCACAAACUGAGUGUGAAGCGUCUGCCGUUGAACACGCUGUUGCUGCGCCGCUUGAGCCGCUCCUCUUGAGGCGAUGGGUAGUCAACAACCUCGGCACAAAGCAAAAACGGCACUCGUUCUCGAGUUGAGAACGUAAAGCUCUCGUCAACGUGGACGUGCUUCAGUCGGUGAUACGAGUUCCCUACGGGAAGAUACAGUGAGUUGUUAGGCAAGUACUGAGCUUCCAAGUCUUGCAGCCACGUGCGAAGCUGCCACAAUAAAGCGUAGCAAACACCGAGUAAGAAAAUCGAAAAAUGGGAUAAAACACACACGACGUACCAUAUCAUUGCGGCGGUUGUACGCCACAGCGCGCAAAUUCGACGAGAUGUUCGCCAGUGACCCC